AACGAGAGGAGGUCAGACGUAGCGAUGAAGAAGAAGAAAGGCCAGUCAGAUGAACUGAUCGGAAGAGUCUGCGGAACAAUAGUAACACGCUUUCUGCACGCAACGCACGAUCAUGAUGCCCAACUCGAUCACCGGCAGCGGCCAAAACCUGCUGUGCUAACCCAACGGGCGAGGCGUCCUAAUCCAGCAGGGUCAGAACCGAUCUGACGACUGUCCCGGGAAGCGAGGCGCCACUCUGACAAUAGCACCUCGCAGAAACGGGCGACAUGCCACUUUGGGACCGUGCGCAGUCAACCCGGCCCCGAGUCAUCCUGUUGCUGCUUCUGCUGCUUCCCAACCACUCGCCCAGCUACGAUGACGACCUCACCCGUGUACGCCUACUUCGUGCUCGCCAUCGGGGCGCUGUUCGUCUACUGGCGACGCCUCCGCGCGCACACGACGCUCAGACCCCCGCCUGGGCCCUCCGGGCUCCCUAUCCUAGGCAACCUGUUCGACAUGCCGUCCGACCCUCGCGUGUGGGAAACUUUUGCGCGCUGGAGCAAGGAUUACCAGUCGGAUGUGGUGUCCGUGAACGUGCUCGGCAAGCCUAUCGUCGUGCUCUCGUCCAUGGGUGCCAUCCAUGAUCUGCUGGAUCGGCGCGGGGCGAUCUACUCCGGAAGGGGCCGACUGACGAUGUUGAACGAGUUGAUGGGCUGGGACUUCAGCUUCGGUCUGAUGAAUUACGGAAGCAUCGUGCGGCGCUACCGGCGCAUUUCGCUCGAGCAGCUGCACCCCGCGGCGAUCAAGCGAUUCUAUCCGCAAGAACAGACAUACGUCCUGCGCCUCCUGCGCAGAUUCCUCAAUGAUCCCGCACCGGCGGAUAUAACAUCCCACUUCAGAUGGUUCGUGGGAGCGGCGAUGAUGAACAUCAUCUACGGGAUCGACACGGACGCGCCCGAUGACCAGUGCAUCCGGCUCGCGAAAGAAGCGAUGCACGCGAUGACUCUCGCCUUGGAGCCGGGGGCCUUUCUCGUUGACACGUUCCCGAUCCUCAAACACGUUCCGAGCUGGAUGCCCGGUGCCGGGUUCAAGACCAAGGCGCGUCACUGGAAAAACGUCAACCACGACUUGCAGCACGUGCCGUUCUCGGAGAGCUUGAAGGGCAUGGAACGCGGGACGGGUGCGGCCGAAUCGUUCGUCUCGUACUGCAUGACUGAGUCCGACCCGCCCGCCAAUGCAUCGGACAUCCGCCCCGUUGCGACCGCGCUGUUCGUCGCUGCGGCUGACACAUCUGUCUCCGCGCUCGGUACAUUCAUCCUGGCGAUGCUCAGCAAUCCAGGCUCGCAGGAACGCGCCAAGAGCGAGUUGGAUAGCGUCCUUGGUGCGGGUGUUCUCCCCACGAUGGCCGACCGGCCGCAGCUGCCGUACAUCUCGGCUAUCGUCAAAGAAGUCCUGCGCUGGAAGGUGGUCACACCUCUUGGUGUUCCGCAUCACAUUGGUGUCGCGGAUGAAUACGAGGGCUACGGCAUUCCCCCGAAUUCGACCGUGAUCCCGAACAUCUGGGCUUUGCUGCAUGAUGAGGAGAUGUAUGAAGACCCAGAGGCUUUCCAACCGGAGAGAUUCCUGAUCGACGGGAAACUCAACCCGGACAUUCUAGAUCCAGAGACCAUCACUUUCGGAUUCGGGAGAAGAAUCUGCCCCGGCCGGCACCUUGCCGUAGACACCCUCUGGAUCACCAUCGCGAGCAUCCUCGCGACGUUCGACAUCGAGAAGAUUCUUGACGAGAGCGGGGAUCCGGUCGAGCCGAGCUACGCGUACCAUUGGGGGAUAGUCAGCGCGCCGGAUCCUUUCCCUUGUCAGAUGAAGCUGAGGUCGGAAGCCACUUUGCGGUCGAUUUGAGACGCGUUUGACCGCCGAAAGCAAUCUAGACGUCACCAAUUCCCAUGUAAAAUCAGUAAAUGAGACCUUUCCUGUCUAGGACUCGCAUCGUUCGUCCCGUCGGUCGAUCGGAGCAGGUAUCGAUUUCUUGCCGUGCCCCUCACUGGACUAUUCGUCUCUGGAAGUCUCCCAGAGCAAACCUGAGUGAAC